UUCUCCAAAAAAGAGAACAGACCGAGCGCGGCAGCUCCGGCCACAUGAACGACCCGUUCUUCGACGAGGAUGACGGAGAAUUCGACGAUCUGUAUGGGAAUUCCCGCCCCUCUGCUUCUUCCGCUUCUGUAUCGCGGAAACCCCGCAAGAGCGAGGUUCCAGCUGCUCCGCCAGUGACACCGGGAGGUCGGACUUUUACUCGUAGCCCUGCAGCCUCCAGCAGCGUCGUCUCCAGGUCGUACGUAAGGGACAGAGCCGGCUCAACGACGAGCAACAUAACAGACCUGGCAGCCUCGGGAAAGCAGGAUAAACGCCGCAAAAGGCACGGGAAAUUACGACGCAAAAGCAGCCAGGAAUUGUUCGACGUACAGUGGCAAUCGGACGUCCAUGUGGCCAAGUGCGGCCUCUGCAGAGCGGACUUCUCCCUUGUGAAACGCAAACACCACUGCCGCCACUGUGGACGCGUCAUGUGCUCGGACUGCUCGGCGUUUUUGUAUUUCGAGCUGUCGCACCGCAAGCACAGAGUGUGUGUGCCAUGUAACAACCAGUUAGUGGCUGAACAAGAGGCGUAUGACCGGGAGACACUCGCUGGUCAGCGAGAUACGAGUGUGUUUGAUGAUUCCAGUGAGGACGGAGCAAUUUCUGCUGUCGCUAAGACACCAAUAUCGUCUAAAUCUAGUGAUGAGAAGACGAAGAAGAAAAACGAGAAGAAUGGCCGCAAAGAGAAGAAGAAAAGAGAGAAACUCGACAAGAAGGGACAACCAGCGCAAGUCACUGCACCAGCACCAACGCCCAUCAGGAAGCAAGCAGGUACAGAGGAUAAACCGUCGACUACGCUAUUUGAUGGAGCAGAUGAUGACUGGUUUACGGAUGUCCCGGAACGAGCGAGCACUCGUGAUAGCGAAGAUAGCGACGGCGGAUCGAAGGGACCAGGAUGGAGAGAUCAUGUCAAAGACACGUAUACCGUCACAAGUGCGAGCGAGUCAGUGCUUGCUCCGAUGGCUGGUAGUACGUUGACUGCUGGAAUUACAGGGAAUGGCUACAUCUCCGACCAGUUCCGGUACGAUGUUGGGGGUCCAGGUCUUGGACAUGAGGAUGAUUUUUCUGUGGAAAUGCCUCGGCCGAAGCAUGAGACAGCUACAACGUACGCUGACCACAGCAUCAAACCCAGUCGACUCACUGGAAAUGGGUACUAUUCGGAGCAAUUCCAAUACGAUGUGGGUGGUCCAGGACUUGGCCACGAUGAUGACCGAUCGCUUGUUAUGCCUCGACCAAAGCAACAAGUUGUAGCUGUACCGUACAGUUAUGACGAUACAAGCCAGUCGCACGAUACGUCCGAUGACAGUGCACCUUCUGGCCAGGAUUUUCAGCCUCGACUUACCUUGAGACGCGUGUUUAGUGGCACAAAGCGUCGAGAGUCGACAGCGAAGAGGGAAAAGAAGCCACGUGCACGGGGAAACGAGAGCAUGACGAUGGAUGAACUGAAUCCUUCGUACUCGUCGGAAGAUGAACCACGCAUGGCAAUGCCGCGUCCUACAGCAACAUCAGCCCAGCCUACGUUCUAUGACAAUGACGCUGACAAACUGGUCGUUGACGACUCACCUGGUUUAUUUGAAGCUACUAUAGCGGAGCGAGAAGCACAACGUAAGAAGGAGGAGGAACAACAACGACAGCUUGCAAGUGAUAUGGCUUGGGUAAACGGCUCAGCGUUGCCACCGAGCGUCCCGUCACAUCGCUUUUCAAGUGGCCAGGAGUCCUACAGUAUCGUGGACCAUCCGUCGCAUACGUCUAACUCACCAGUUGAGAGUCGUCAAGGUGGCAAUGCUGGUGAAGAUGCUGUUGGAAAUACGAAAAGUGGAUUCGCUGGAGCUCUAAAACGAUUCUUUGGGAUGGGAUCAAAGUCGGGGAAGAAGGCGACUACACCUCCUAAAGCUGCCAAGGCCCCGCCUGUUACGCCUGUACCAGAGAAGAGUAAUACUGACAAGCAGAUACCCGCUGAACGUGAGGAAAAACAGAAUGAGGACGUCAUGACGGACGAACCUGCUUCUGAAGUAUUGGAACGUCACACGGUGUUGGAUUAUUACGGAGCAACUCGAGAAGGUUCAGCUACACAGGAGAGUUUUCGAUACACUAUGCCAUCGUCUGCUGCUGCUAAGGAUGCUAGCUCUCGCUUUGAGGCCUCCAUGCCUCCAAGAACUGGUGCGAGUGAAGAGUACGAGCAAGUUCAGCCCAAGCCGGAGCGUAAACGUCGAGGUACGUUUGAUGAUCUCUUUGAGUCUCCAAAAAACAACAUAGCAGGCAAUGCAGAUCGAGCUGCGAAUGGUUGGGCUGCGCGUGUUGGAGAGAGUACAAGUGUGGCCGGAGUUUACGCUGCUGCUGGAGUUGGGGUUUCUCGCUUUGAUCGACGACGAUCAGUUGAUGAAGCAGAUGAUUUUACGAUUGGAGAUGAGUCACGAGUAGUACAGAACCCUACUCGAACUGAUGACCCUAUUGCGGCAUGGAGACAGUCUGCAGCCAUGUCAUUACUGAACGAUCGAAACGAUGCAAGCCAAGCGGAGGCGUCUGGUUUUACGUGGAGCAAUGUGCGAUCAACUCCUGCUUUUGGCACAGCCACGUAUGCUAUCCCCACGAGUCUUCAACCGCGUGAGGACAGCUCGUCUCGAUUCGAUCCUGCUGCUACACAGCCUGCUCCGCUCGGUAAUAUCAUGGACGACUUGAACCGUGAUGCGACUUUGAAACAGCCUACAGGAAAAGAAUCUGUUGACGAUUUCUUUGCGGAAUUUGAAGAACCUAAUGACUAUGUGUUCGAUCCUGCAACGGGAGGAUACGUGGCAGCUCGAGUUCCGCCACGCGUAGCAGCUACUCGACAGAUUAAUCAGUCAGAGUCACCGAAGUCGCAGCCUUCGCAGGUUGACAAAGAUAUCCACAGAAGUCUCGAACGGGACUACAACGCUCCAAUUGCAAAGUCUGCUGCUCUUACUGUUGCAUCGAAGGACGGCGAAGGAGAAGAGGUUGAAGACGAGGUCGCGGAGAUUAUCGUGGACAAGAUUAGUUCUCUGGAGAGCGAGUUGGCAGCGUUGAAGCAGUUGAUUCGCAAUCGGAAAGGAAGCGGAGGCAGCAAUAAACCGCGUGUCAGUCAUCAGAGUGCAAGGCCGAGUGUUCGGAAACAGAGUAUUUUUGACAACGACAGCAGUGACGAAGAUGAUGGCAAGGCGAAAGAUCCAUACGCUGCUUCAAUUCGGCUUGUGUCGAAGAGGGAGAGUAAACGGAGACCUCCUAGCAAGAAGAAGCAUGUCAAGAAGCGCAGAGAUUCUUUCGCGGAUCUGUUCGAGGAUAGUCCGAAUGAAAAGGAAACUCUAGGUGGGGCCACUAGCUAUGAAGCUCUCUUUCAAACUGGAGCCAAGGUGGCGGAAGCAAGUAAAGACGAGGAAAGCGACGAUGACGCAGACCUUGCAACAAAACCUACUAAGAAAAGGUCGAAAUCAAGACGUCGAUCGAGUCGCAAGAUUAAAGAUUUCGUGCCAGCCAAAGAAGAAUCUGAUAGUGAACCAGAGUUCACGUCACUAAAGGAGCGACGUGGUAAGCAAUCUCGACGGAAGGAGGGCGGAGAUGAUGAUACUGGUGCCAAUUCGACAAAUUUGGUUACACCACUUUCGGUUGAUGUUGUUCCUGUCUUAAUGCCCGUGAAGCAAACCGAGGAGGAAGACCCGAUUGAUGCGCUGUUCGAUAACUCCAAUGAUCGUGAUGUGGCUAACUUGUAUGGAGGAUUGGAUGAAGAGUCCAACAAAUCCGCGCAAGAGUCGAAACCUGCGCCGAUUCUGCAAGAAACAAGCGCGUUGUUGACCCAAGUCUCUUCAACGUCCUUAACGGAUGACGAAGUGAAUGACAAUUCGUCCAGUAGUGCCACAACCAUGGAGUCUGUCGCAUCUGUAAGCAAAGCGAAUGGAGGUUUCUCAUACUCUGUGGAUCCACUAAACUUGGAUGAAGCCAAUGAGGAAGAGGUCUUUUCAAUUAACUGGGCGAAGAUGCGGAAGACCAAGUCUCGACGGCAUAAACCUCGCAAGUCAGGUUCAUCAAAAUCAAUUGGUGAUAAUACUGCCAGGAAGAAAGCGACGGAAGAUGCUGUUUUGGAGCCAAGCGCACUGGACACUAACUCUGAACGCGAGAUGGAGGUACAUGAUCCGGCUAAGCGUGAGGAAGUCGAAACGUCAGCUCCAAACUCUUUUCUUGCGGACGCAGCAUCGAACUGGAUGUCAGUUAGCACGAUGGAGAAGGAGACAGUGAAUCUCAGUCUUACUGGUGAUGAAGAUUUGGAGUAUCUUCUGCAGUCAGAGGAUGCUAGCAAGCCUCAUGAGCGGACUAGUGAAAGUGCCGCCGUGAAAAAGGAUGAUAACGCGGAUAUGGAUUCAGCUCCGGUCUCGAUGAAUGAUGCAGAAAUUCAAGACAUCUCACCAAAUUCCAGUGCAAAGGAGGUGAUCCCAACUGAAGAAAAAGAUGAUUCUGUCCCGAUUCCACUUUCCAAGGUGAGCUUCGUUGAAGAGCUCGUCGAAACAAAGUCGGAUCACGACAAGAGAGACUCUGGCUUCGACAUUUUCGACAAGUCUGGGGACGUGGAUUUCCUGUCAGUAUCUUCGUCUGUGGACCUGAACACUCUCGAUCACGAGAGUAACAAUGAAGAUGAGGAUAAAGAAGCUCUCCCUGACGACGAGGCUUUCAGUUUUGAGGUCAAACCCUCUAAGAAGCGGCCUUCUGCCCUUGGUGUGCCUGUCAGUGCUCCCAGCACCCAACAGUCGUCUCUUCCAUCCUUGGAUGAGAGUUUGGAGCUCGGGAAGUACGCUGUGUCAUCAGUACCAUCGUCGUCUCGCACCCCGUCAAUAGAUGGCAGUCUCGAUGAUCCAGAAGAAGUGUCAGUGGAUGACGAACCGGUUCUAGGAGCAGUUGAAUCACAUGCUUUCGAUGCGGACUGGCAGCAAAUGCAGGCAAGGGAAAAGGAGCGUAAGAAGAAGUUGCAAGCCAAACAGCGACAAGCUCAGCGAGACAAGGUACUACGGAAGCAAGGAAUAUCCUCAAAGUCUCUCUCCAACAGUUCUGCAACUCCCGGCCCAAAUAAAACCAAGAAGAAAAAGAAAAAAGAGAAAGAUACGGACGACACAACUCCAUCCUCUUCGCAUCACAAGAAGAGUCGAAAGCACCGGCAUAAGGAGAAAGGAGAGGCAGUGGGGCCUCCACGAUCAUUAACAGAGUUGUGAUUUAUGACCAAGGUACUCAAAAAUUACAAAAUAGAUACAGGCCCUACCAAGUUAUCGUCCGGAUAACAUUUUUCUCAAAAAUCCGUGCGCUUCAGAGGCUUUUGGUGCAUCGCGAGCAGCCAUAAGCGAUGAACUGAAGGGAUAAUAUCCUCCACAGCAACACGAUCGCUUGGAUUAGCAGCCCAACCAGCUUCAAGAAUCUCAGCGCAGGCUUUCGGAAUCGUAGGAAGCAACGGAGGUCUCUCACCAUGUUCCACAGCGCGAUAAACUUCAAGAUGCGACUUGGCCUCCCAAGGACUGCGACUGGGUACCAUGAUCUGCCACAAUGUGAUCAUGAGACUGUACACGUCUACCGCCGUGCCGUACCGUGCUGUCUUGCCGCCCUUGAUCAUCUCCGGCGCCAUAUAGUCGACUGUACCGGCGAUCGUCAUGGUUCCAUCUGUCCGUGGUCGCAGCAAGUUGGCUUCUCCGAAGUCUGCAAGCUUGAUGAGGAAGUCCUGACCCACUAAAAAGUUGUCCGUCUUGAUGUCACGGUGCAGUAAUGGAGGCGAGAAGCUGUGCAGAUAAGCUACAGCACGACACGCGUCCAGCCACGCCUUGAGCUUUGCUGCAAGCGUCCAGAUCUCGGGGUUUUCACGCAAAGUCACGUCCAGCGCUCCGUACUCGCAGAACUCAAAGAUGAGUGAGAUAGACGGCGGUACCACGCAGAGACCGUAGAAGCGAACGACGUUCGGAUGCGACAACUGAACAUUCAAGGCCGUCUCUCGUGAAAACCGUUGGACUUCUUCGUUCGUCACUUGCACAUCCGUGUAGAUCUUGAGCGCAAUAGGAACAGGAGUGCUUCUACGUAACGUUCCGCGCAUCACAAUAGACGUAGCACCUUGGGCGAUAAUGCAGUCCAAAGCCAGAGAUGAGAAGUCCACGACGUUGUGCCUGUGCUCCUCGAUCAUGUGAUGCACGUCGUAUACCGACGUACGAGUGGAGAAAUUCGUGAUCAUACCACGCUCCGAUAGUAAAUUCACGUAUCGACGCAUUGCGCUAGACGAAGCAGUUGAACCGGAUCCGUUGUCGUCAAUUGCAAGCCAGUAUCGAGUAUCAGCGCGUAGUGACAGCAUCACAGCUACGACGAUGAGAGAGUCCAGUCCCGUGACAACGCAGUGAAUGAUUGGCAAUGUAGUUGUCGCGUCGACGUGAGCAAUACCCAAUAUCGAACUCAGAAUAUUGGCGAACGAAGUGAUCACAGCGAUGACGAAGAAGAAGUCGAAAGUAGAUCGAGCGUGGAAGACGAACUUGGCCCAGAAGUAGAACAGAACCAGCAGUACGUAGAUGGCCAUCGCGAUCGCGUCUGCGAUGUCGUGGCCGACCUUGUACAGCGUCAUGUUGCAUAUCACCAAGAUGACGCACACUGCACCCGAGUAACAGAUAGCGCGUAGAACUGCUUCCUGGGAGACGCUACGCUGGAUCAUAAGCAUCGGUAGCAGCUGCAACACCCAGACGGAUGGCAUAGUCACUACACUGCACGGAUAGUUGGGAUCAUCCUCCAAUGUCAACGGUUUGUACGUCUUGCCACUAUCGCUUUUGUACGCUUGAAAGCUCACGAAAUACAGCACCAAUCCAGCAGCCGACAGCGCAGCGAUAGUAUACCAGAUCGCCUCAUAACACGGAAGCAUAAACGCCGACUCUGUUAAGAUACAGAGGUAAAAAAAUAAUUAGAUAACAUUCAACACCAAGUAAAAACAAUAUACGCACUGAGGUUGGAGCUGAUGCUGCAUGGUGCGCUUCGAAGC